UGAUCUGAACCGUUGAGAGUGAGUCCUCCAGCUUCAUUGAGCAAGGAGGAAGGCGGCAGGCAGGAGCGGCACCCGACCUAAAUAUCACCCCAAUCUGGACCAGAUAGAGACAUGGCUUCAAAUAAUGGCUCAGUCGGCAAAUGGGAGGUAGUGAAAAAGGGAAAGAAAAGUAACAUCAGCGGCGGAGGAGCGAAGAACACGGCUGACAAGAAAACCGGCAGCGGGGGAAGGAAAGCCCUGGGCGAAUCCAACCAGCCGUCCAGACCACCCCUGAAGAUGUCAGAGACUCUGUACGACGGCUUUGAGAAGAUGGGGAAGAAACAGAACAAGGAGCAGGUUCCACCACCAGCCGAGCCCGAAAAUAAGAAACCCUCAAGUAAACCGUCCAAGAAAUCACACUCCAGCAGUGCAGUCACCCCCGCAACUCACAAGACCCUUGAGGAAGCCUUCAAAGCUUUGGAUGUUGGGGACCUGAAGCAGCAGUUGGCUCGCAGUCAGACCCUGUUUCCAGAAAACCCAUCAGUGUGGGUCAAAGACCUGGCAGGAUACCUCAACCUCAAUCUGACUGCGCCAGAGACUGAGCCCACACUCAGCAGCUAUACUCAUGACUACCCAUACUGCCUUUCAGGAAAAGAGCUGAAGGGUGUGAUCAAAGGCCUCAUUGGACGCUGCAGCGACAUUCUGCCAGAUUUCUUCGACCACUGUGUUUACACUAUGCUCAGGGAGCUGGACAGACAGUCAGGAGAACCUCUGCAUGGCUACAGAGUUUGCAUUCAAGCAAUCCUCCAGGACAAACCCAGGAUAGCCACUCAAAACCUUCCAGAGUAUUUGGAGUUACUGCGAUCAGUUCAGAAUCGUCCUGUGAAAUGUUUGACGAUCAUGUGGGCUCUUGGCCAAGCUGGAUUUUAUGACCUCAGCCAGGGACUCAGAGUGUGGCUGGGCAUCAUGCUUCCUGUGCUGGGAGUGAAGUCCUUGUCAUCAUAUGCCAUUGCAUAUCUCGAGAGACUUCUUCUACUUCAUGCGAACCUGACAAAGGGAUUUGGCAUCAUGGGCCCUAAAGAGUUCUUUCCUUUACUGGAUUUCGCCUUCAUGCCCAAGAACGCCCUGCCAUCAAGUUUGCAGGAGCAGCUGAGGCGUCUGUACCCUCGACUGAAGGUUCUCGCAUUUGGAGCCAAACCUGAGAGCACGUUACACACAUACCUGCCAUCAUUUCUGUCCAGAGCCACACCACACUGUCCGGAUGACAUGAAGAGAGAGCUGCUCAGCAGUAUGACAGAGUGUUUGUGCGUGGACGUUCAGAGUCUAGGAGUGUGGAGGCAGCUCUAUACCAAACACUUACCCCAGUCCAGUCUGCUGUUGAGCCAUUUAUUGAAGUCCUGGAAUAUCCUGCCACCAAAGCUCCGGAAGAACCUUGAGGAAACAAUCCAGUCUUUCAGAGUGACCAAUGAGGAGAUGAGAGACACUGUCGAAUCUCAAGAGCUUCAGGACUGCAAUAACCUGUGCCAGAAUCUGCAGGUAAAGAUGCGAGGUCAUGGGUUCCCCUGGUCCAGACUGCUCAUGGUGCUGCUCGUGUUUGCUGCAGGCUUCAUUGCUCAUGACAUCAGAUCCAACGGUUCCUACGCAGAUUCCACCACAGCAUUGUAUCUGCGCAGCUCAGGGGUCACAGCUGUAUCUCAGCAGGCCUGGAGCAAAAUAAGAGUCUACUCGACACAAGGCUUCAGCUGGUUGGAGACGAACACUCCUCAUUAUUACUCUGAGUGUGCACGAGUUUUGGGGCCACUAAUGGACCAAGGUUUAGAAAAGGCAAAAACAGCAGCCAUCUUCAUCUCUGAAAACACCACACAGUUUAUUCUCUGGGUCAAAGAAAAGACACCGCUGGCGAUAGAAUGGGUGAACACCAACACGCCUGACAGUGUGUUCCAGGUGUUGGCAUAUUUAAAGGAGCUCCUCCUCCUCCUCCAUCAGAACUACAUCCUGCCAUCGCUGGCGUACAUAUCUGAACUGCUACAGCGAGCGUGGAUCAACCUACAGGAUUCCUGCAACGGCGAGGUGUCUAUAUCGUGUCUGCAGGACCACGCUUUGUCUUUUACCAACUCUACGUGGCAGCUGCUCCAACACACGACCUCGGCCAUCAAGACGUGGGCUCAGGAGUUGCUGACACGAGCGUGAUAACGUCACAGAUCCUGACUAAUUUUUCCAUACACACACAAAAAAUGCACACAAGCUAUACAUUCACACACACACACACACACACACUGACCCGAUCUGAGGCUGCCUUUCUGUGUGUCGGCUCCCCUCUUAAGCUGUGAUUGGACGCUGUGGGGUCAGACAAAAAAAAAAAAAAAAAAAACUCUCACUCAAAAGGACCCUUCUAUCUCUUGUUUUGGCUAAUUUUUUAAAUCAGUUUGCUGUUGUAUAGAUGUUUUUUUUUCUACCAAUCUCUUUGUCACUGCUGGACGCAGAGGUCGCCUUUCUCUCUGUCUCUCUCUCUCCCUCCCUGAGUUUUCUACUGCAAUUUUCAGCUUUUUCUUUAACCUUUGGGUUAAACAGAUUGUGUAAUUUAUAGAACAUGUAGGUUUGUAGAUGAUUUAUAAACCGUUUUUAUUUAAAGAUAUAUAUAUAUAAAAAAAAAAAAAAAGAAGUGUUAUGUGAAAACUUGGCAAAGGGCAGGGAAAAGACCAAAAAAUAUAUUUCAGACUUCUCAAAGCCACUGUAGACCUCGUUCGCCAUCUUCUUAGGGCCGCCUCAUCUCCCAUCCAACCUGAGAAUCUGUCCAGUGUAAAGCCUUCAAAGGGGAAGAUAUUGUAGGUGAAGGGUCACAUCUUCGGGUGGAUGGACUCAUUCAGAUAUGAGGUUGGCAGCAUAACUCAAACAUCAGUCCAAAAGGUCCUGAAGAAGAAAAAGAAAUGUCUCAUUUGUCCUGCACAUCUCCUUGUCUUGUCUUUGCUGCUUUGUCACCUGCCUGCUGUUUCUUGUGUUUUUUUUAUUUGCCAUCAGUAGCUCAACCCCUGAGCUUAAAAGCAGCAGUCGUGUACUCAUACUUGAAGGCUGAUGAUAUUGUUUGUGUGUGUGUGUGUCUGGGAUCAUGAUUAACCCCGUGCCAACGUCCUCCUGUACGCCAGAAUAUGACUAAGAAAGAAAAAACCUCUCGUCUUGGCAAGGCAAACAUUUCUGACCAGCUGAUUCACUAACUGUUCCCUGUAAACAAGAUGUUUGGAUGGAUAUGGCAACGACUAAUGUCUUACUUUGUAAUAUAAAUGAUUUAUAAUAAAGAUUUCAACCCCA